CAGCACCGUGGACAGCAACAGUUCCAGCCGGACACGUAGUUUGUCGGCCCUUGCGUUGGCUGAGCUGAGGUUUACUGUAUAAAUCCCCAAGAAGGAAGCUUGCACUGCUUUUUACCACUGGGAAGAAGACUGGCCUAAAAGUCAGGAUUCUAGCAGAGUUAGGAAAUAUUUGCCCUUGGGCAGAAACCCUCAUAACUGUUUUCUCAUCUGGAAAGUGGAGAUACUUUUGUGCCCUUUGUUUCUACAAAUAAGAAAAAGCAACGAAGAAUAUUAUUAUUGGUGUCUGGAAUUGAAUUUGCCAGGAAUGUGAGCACAGCUUCUUCAGUAAAGAUCUUGCCUUUGGAAACAUCUUACCCCUUGGCAGCUCUCCAGAGUUCAGACUUGGCAGCCUCAAGGACACAACACAAGAUAAUGAAUGAAUAAAAUACUGGCCUCUAAAGUGUUAUCUCUGUUCGGAUGUUUGUUUAAAUGACCAGGAAGUAAUUGGAGGAAACAUAGUGAGUAAGCGUUUUGCAGGCAUUUUGGAGAUCAAAGAUGGGUAGAAAAGAUGCCUCCACUAUAAAACUUCCUGUUGAUCAGUACAGAAAGCAAAUUGGUAAACAGGAUUAUAAAAAAACCAAACCGAUUUUACGAGCAACCAAAUUAAAAGCAGAAGCAAAGAAAACAGCAAUAGGCAUAAAGGAAGUUGGCCUUGUACUUGCAGCUAUACUGGUCCUCCUACUGGCUUUCUAUGCUUGCUUUUAUCUCAGACUGUCCACAGAUGUUGACCCUGAUCUGGAACCAGAUGAUGAUUAGCUGAGCAGCAAUCAAUGCAUGAAAAGGAAAUAAUUUUAUAAAAGCACCUCUAGGGACCAAUACUUUCUGAAGUACCGAGACAGCAAGAUCUUGAAUUUUUUCUGGUGGUAUUUUCAGUUUGCAGAAAUAUCUUUUUAAAUGUUGCAUAGGAUAUCAAGAAAAGAACCUUACCUAUCAAUGUAGGAUGUGUGCUACUGGAUACUUUUAUAAAUCUUUCUACUUUGACAGGUAAACUAUUCAUGGUGCAUUUAGAUAAAAUGGAAAAUAGAUCCUAAAUUCUUCAGAUGUCUUAGGCAAUUUAUGUGUAUAACUCCAUCACUUACAGAUUACUAAAUCUAUUUUUGUUCCAUACUCAUCAUAAGUAAAAGUAUAUAUCCUCACUUACAGAAACAUUCUCUAGUCACAUUCAGAACCUAAGAAGGAAUGAAAAGUCAUGGAAAAUUUUUCAUUUUACAAAGAAGCCCUGCUUUCUUUCCAGACGUAUUUUAUAUCAUUAGAGAGACUAUCUGCACAUACAUCUACAGUAAUCUUUUUCCUUCUUUGCCAACUGUUCAGUGCACAUGUGCUCCAUCAGAAAUGGCACCUGGAUGACAGAAGCUCAAAGAGUUACAUAUGUCUGUAAAAUAGAGUUCCUUUUCUGUUGAGCUGUCUGAACUGGUGUAAAUAGAAAGUUCAGUUGAUCUUGAUUUUAAUUAACUUAUUACUCUAUUAAUAUAAACUUGGAAUUCUAUUUUAAUUAUGUUGUUCUGGCUGCUUGCAGUAUCAGUUUGCCCCUCUUGUUAGGGAGAUAUGUAACAAUCUGUCGUCUAAUUGUGCAGUCUUUUUCACACAACAGUAAUAGCAGAAGUCCUGUCUACUCAGAAUCAUUUUCUUGGGUUGUCUCUUAUAUCUGAACAAUACAAAUCUGUUUUAUGAAAUUAUAUUUUGUCUCUUGGGAAUUAAAUCAAUUAGAACUCUUUCAUGAAAAGUAAUAGAAGAAAAUAUGUCAUAUUACUUGCAUAUGGAGUUUUUCAUUUAUAUGAUUUUUUAAGGUAUUUUACAUUUGUUGGAGUAUCAUGACUAAUGUAUUCAAUAUUUUUUGCUGGUAAAGGAAUUUUUAAAUAUUUUUAAAACACAUGAAUACAUAAAGCUUAGAACAUGGAAAACAUGUGUGUCCAUAGCAGAGUUGUUAGUUACUACCUUAGGUAAAUAUGUAUAGAAAAUGAAUAGUUUGCAACAUGUGCAUAAGGUGUUUUAUAGUAAAUACAUUGUAUUUCUAAAGAGUAAAUAAAAUGUUGAUUGUUUUCAUACUCCCCAAGAGAAGAAAGUAUUGAUAAACAUCCUAGAUAGUCUUCGGGACUUUUGCAGAGAGUUAAAAGUGGCUGUCUAGCAUUAUGUUCCGUAGAAUUUAUUCAAGUAGCAUAAUUUAUUUCAUCAGUGUGAAACAGGCAAACGUUACAGUAUCCUCACAGAUCAUUUAUGCCAAGCAUCUGAGGGCAAAAUUUAACCAGUGCUAUUUACUGGAUUCUUCCCCUUGAAAUCACAAACUUUAAGAGACAGACCAAGAGUUCCUAUAUGCUCACCACAGUGGACAAAUCCAAGUGGCAUUUUUAGGAAAGGUUGCAGCAUUUAAUGCCAUGUGGUAUGUCUGUUUGUGAAGUGGGUGGCAAGGGAAUAUCCAAGCUGGCAUUUUGGAUAUGAUGGGUCUUUUACUUUCCUGAGUGACACGCCACAUGUCAAGAAAUACUGCUUUCCCCCACUCCUAUCACAUUUACGUGAACAAUCUUCAUUUAGUUAUUUCCCCUCCCAUCUGGUGUUAAAUACAGUCUUAUUAAAUAAAGAUUAUUUCUAAUUUCAGUGGUAAUUUAAAUGCAAGGAUAUGUAAUAAUUGUUUAUUAGAUACCUAUCCAAGUGAGAUAUAACAGAAUUUACGGUAUUUAAAACAGAUGAUUAUACUCUUGGAAAUGUUUGAAAAUUCGUUACCCUGAAAAAAAGAAAAGAAAGAAAAAGAAAACUUUACUAUCCUAUUCUACUCUUCAGGUAUUCUUUGGGGGAAAAAUGUGGUUUCUGAUAGUAAUGACUAUUAGCCUAAACACAGUAUAAUUAUAGGCAAAUUUCAUUACCUAGUGUUAUCAAUACACUGAGUCUAUGGCUCCAUUUGUAUGACUGAUUGACUUAUGGUAAGUCCCGAAGGCUAACUCUGAUUUUAAUAAAUAGCAGGUAAAGUGAGACAAUGUAUGUUUACAAAACACUCUUUUCAUGAAAUGCAUAUUUUUCAAACUCACAUUAACUGGGAAGCAGCCAAUCCUCUGCAGAGAUAUUCCAAGUUGAAGUCUGGUUUGAAUCUUUGAAGACAGAGAGGUGAUAUCCGGCCUGCAGUUUCAGGGCAAUACACUUUUGAAUAGUGAGUGGUAUUUGGUAUAAAUCUGAGACUGGCACCAGACAGAUUUUAGGCACGGGUUUUUCCCCUUCCAAUAAUUCGCUGCUAAGAGUAAUUUAGAAGACAAAAACAAAAAAACUUUAAUGACUUUUCAGAAUGUUAGAGUCUAUCUGUUAACGUACUCUUUUUGCAGAAGAAGUUUCAACUAAUGCAGCUGGACUUAACGUACAGCCUAUGGAACACUGUGAAUGAAGCUUGAAUGGUUGCUGGUUCUUAUCUUGCAUGCAAAAUAUAGAAUAUGUAAAUUCAUUUCAGAAGAGAUGUUGUAAAAAUAUAACCUCAUCUAGAAUUUCUUUUAAAACAAAUGUACUAAAAGCCUAUUUUAGUAUCAGCAUGAGGUUUGUUGUUGUUUUAAGGUGACAAAAUACUUGAAGAUUUUCUAAUCUUUUUCAAUUUUUCAUAAAGGUAGGAGAAAUACUCCCAUCCCCACUGAUGAUUACAAAUUCCUGAAAAUAUAUUCUUAUUCAUUUCUGUAAUUCUAGUAGUGUAAUGAUCUGCACAUAUUUAAUAAAUGUAUGUUAAAAUUUAAGUUAAUUUCUUUUCAUCCUCUCAGAGCCUGGCACAGUUUUUGCAUGUAAUAGAUGAUCAAAAAUUAUUUGCAUUUAAUAAAUAAAACAAAAAUCACAGUAUUGAUCAACUCA